UUGCUAGACAUUUGCAGUUCGGCGCGAGACGACCGUUAGACCGAUGAUUUCAUUCUGCGCAUGAGCUUAGCUAGCCAACGCCAUUACAUCUCCUACAAGCAAGAUCAGGGAUUUCUAUUGGUGAAGCAAUUUCUGCCUAUCUCCAUACUUUACUGUCUUUGAUAUCACUGUACAUCCUUCUCUAUGCAAUAGAUUACCCCCUGCCUUUCUCCUCCCUGCGCUUUUUGGUUCCACCUCUACGGCUGAUGUCUGCAUUUAUGUGGCAGGUAGCACAACAGAGGGCCAUCAAGCACUAUGGAAAAUUAGAGGAGUUUGUGACAGUGGUAACACAAACUGUUCCAGAACUUAUAACUGACAGACAGAGGACAUUGCUUCUUCUGGCAUUAAGGGCAAGGAUAACUCUUCAGCUGUUUCAAGGUGAGCAUCCAGAGGACCUCAACAAAAUUAAGAUCCAUCUUGACAGAUUCUCAUGCUGUGGUCUUUCAAAGAAUAAUGAUGCACAGAUAGAUGCUUUGGAAGCAAACCUACUCAAGCUCACCAAAAACCUUCUUGAAGACCCAGUCGAGAGGAUCCGGUUCUUCAAGGCAGAUUUCCCUGUGGUGUAUGGCUGUGAUUUUGACAGAGCUUUGCAGGCACUUGUUUGUCAGUCCCUCUCCAGACUAGAAGAUCUGCUACCAGUGCCAGACCUAAAGCAGACUGCAUCCUGGCUCAGCGCUGUCCCCUCUGCCUCGGAUGAGUGUCUGCAGCCUCUUUCUCACACAGAGGACCUGCAGUACCUGCUUCAGCACCACACAUGCUGUGGAAAGUUAGACAAAACAUUUCCCUCCUCGGAAGAAGACUGCAUCCUCGCUUCACUGUCCCUCCCUACCCCAGUGGGAGUGGCAUAUGCCUCUGACAGCAAAUUAGAUGUCUUGCCUAACUUGGAAGGCUCUACCCAUGUAAGCAGAGAGAUGGAGGCUUUGUCAGACAGCAGAGAUUACCAACAGGCAGAAUCAAGAGCACGCUUCCAUGGAAACCAAAACUGCAAAGAAGAAAGAGCGUCUACCAUGGUUAGCGAUGAUGGUGAAUGCACAGAGGGAGGUGUGGAAGAGGAGAAUGAAAACAUAAGUGCUGUGGUUUUUACUGAACCAAAGGACCAGAGGAGAUGUGAAGGGACUGUUGGGGACCUGUGUGCUGCUGGAGCACCAGACCUCGCUGCCAACUCUCCAAUGGUCACCUCCAGUGUGGCUCAAAAACCCUCAAUAUUUCCCCCCCGACUUACACUCAAAAGUAAAGGGGACCACAGAGUCAAUUCCUCCAUGAGACCUAGAAAGAGCCCAGGAGGGAGGAUGGCUGAGUCCAGUGUGAACUCUGAUACAUCUCUGCUUGAAUCCUCACAGGAAACGACUGGUGCUGAAGAAUCAAGACCAGUUUCUCUAGACCACGACGACACAGAAGAGGAAAACAAUGAACCUGCUUUGGGGGAGUCUUCUCAGCUGUCUAGCUGCGCUCAACCACCACUUAGUGACGUAUCACCAUCCUCGGAGACCCUUUCCAAAGCAUUGUCCACUGCACGGUGUAUUGCCCACAAGUGCUCCCAGUGUGGAAGGUGUUUUAUCUAUCCAUCUCAACUGGUUCAGCAUCAGCGAAUUCACACUGGAGAGCGACCCUACAAAUGCACACAGUGCGGAAAGACUUUCAGUAAUUCAACUGGGCUUUCAAAACACCACCAAAAACACUGUCUAGACGCGUCCUUCGAUUGCCCCAAGUGCGGGGAGAGUUUCAGAUCUCUCCGCGAGCGGUUCAGACACCUAUCUACUCACAAGUCCCUCAAAUGUCUGUUGUGUGGAAAGAGUUGCCGGACGACUUCUGAUUUGCGAAAGCACCAGCAAACGCAUUGUGUGACGCCUUCGUUCAACUGCUCUCUCUGUGAAAAACGUUUCAAGUUCCUGUCGAGCCUAACCAGGCACAACAGGACCCAUUCUGUGGAGGGGGGGUAUGCUUGUUCCAAGUGUGGGAAAACGUUUGGAUCUUUAAGUGAACGGCUCCAACAUAAGAAGACACAUAGGGCACAGCUCAACUGUACGGAGUGCGGACGGAGUUGCAGUUCCCGCUCCGAACUAAAGAGUCACCAGCAAACUCACUCUCAUGAACCUCUCUUCAAGUGUCGACACUGUGAAGAGAAAUUCUUUGGGUCAGUUGAGUUGAAGAUACACAAAAUAACUCAUGCAGUGGACAAACCCCAUCAGUGUGAUGCGUGUGGAAAGUGCUUUGGCGCCUUAGCCACUCUUGUACUCCACCAACGGACACACACGGGGGAGAAACCCCACACGUGUCCUCACUGUAAUAAGCAGUAUAUCUCCAAAAGUCAGCUGACGUCACACAUGCGGACUCACACGGGCGAGCGUCCAUACAGCUGCUCUUACUGCGGGAAGUGUUUCUCUCAGUUGGCUAAUCUUACUGUGCACACAAGGAUUCACACGGGGGAGAGACCCCACAUUUGCUCUCAGUGCAAGAAAGGGUUUUGCUCAGUCGGUGACCUGCAGAAGCAUGAGCGCUCUCACACCAAAGAGAAACCUUACAGGUGCACAGUUUGUGGAAAGGCCUUCACAGUGUCAAGUCAUUUGACGGUUCACAUGCGCAGUCACACAGGAGAGCGCCCCUACACCUGCCCUGAGUGUGGAAAGAGUUUUGCGCAGAGCUCUGUGUUAACUAAUCAUCAACUCACCCAUACAGGACAGAGGCCAUACUCAUGCCAUCACUGUGGAAAAAGUUACACCCGUCUCACACACUUGAAGAGACACCUACAAACACACACUUGAGGGAGUACGGGGUGUUUUCCUGUUUUGGUUUCAUUCUGUAAAGCGUUACUUCAUGGAAUUAGUGCAGAUUGCUGUUUCACUGUCUGUCAAUGUGUUAUGUUGAAUAACAUCAAUGUAUGACUGAAAACAAUGCUAAUUCUUAUGCCUUUUUCUCAAACUGUAGUUUAUUGUGCACAUUACUGCCAACAUGGAUGGAAAGUAAACAUUUCAAAAGAUAAAAUAACCUCUUUCAAGUUAUGUAUCAAAUAAAUGAGGCAUUUUAUGAGA